AUGGCGGCGCGGCCCCCGGCCCGUCCCCAGCCCCCUCACUGCUCUCACACCCACAGACGCCGGGAAUUCACCGGCUGCGCGCCGUACGAUGUGGCGCUGAUAGCCAAGCCUUCCAAGAGAGACAUCAGGGAAGAGGCGAUUUUAGCCGAGAGGGUGCGGGAGGAGGGGCAGCGUGAGCAGGAGCGUGACCUGCGGGUGUUCCUCCACUACCGCAACAUCUGCGACUGGCAGAAGGACGGCGAGGACAAAUGGAUGCACCGCGCUGUCGAGAGGAAGGUCCGGGCAACCGUGCAGCAGUACCUGCAGGAGAUCGAUGUCAGAAGACAGAGGCUUCGUGACUUUCUGGAGGCAGAGGAAAGUAGGCACUUAGCUGAGAUGGAGGCACUGGAUGAAGAAAAGGCACGGGACAGAGAAGUAAAGAUGAAGGAGCGAGCAAAAUUACUGAGGGAGAAGAGGGAGCAAGAAAGACUACAAAUGGUGGCUGAAAAACGAGAGCAACAGUUCAGAAACCGAUGUGAGGAGUAUCGCAUACACUGUAAAAAACUGAGUGAGAAAGAACUGGGUGACUGCCAGCUGGCCCAGCAGACUCUGAAGGAGAUACUGAGAAAGGAAGAGGAGAUGCAGGAGCGGAAGUUGGAAGAGAUUUGUGAGAAGGAGCAGUUGGCUAAGGAUCAGGAAUCGGAGCUGAAGGCACAGGAGGUGGCAGUGAAGAUCCAGGAAAUGGUGAACGUGCGUGAAGCCCAGCUGGCUGUGCACGCUGCUCGCAGAGAGGAGAGGAAGCAGCAGAUCAGAAAGGAAGCUGAACAGCUGGCAGAAGAGCUGCACCAGCUUGAGAAAGAAAAGGAAGAACUUGAGAGGAAGAAGCGACAUCAACAGAAGGAAUGCAGGGACACGUUGCUCAAAGCAGUGCAGGACAAAGAGAAGCAUCUUGAUGAAGAAAAAAAAAUUCAGCUUGCUGUAGAGAAGAUGAUCUUGCAAAAAGAUUUUCAGGACCCAGACAGGGAACGUGUGGAGAUAACAAAAAAAAAACAAGCGCUGUUGAAGGAGCAGCUUGCUUAUCUGGAUCAUCUGGCUGAACAGCUGAGGAGGGAGAAAGAGCAAGAAAGAGAAGACGAGAAGAUCUUCAAGGAAGAGAGGGAUCAGGUCUGGGCUGAGAAGGUUGAGAAAAUGAAACAAGAGAGGGAGGCUCGAUUUCAGCUGCUGAGAGAUGUUGUGUACACAAGACAGGCACAGAUGGAGGAGAAGUUGCAGAAAAAAGCAGAGAGGAAAAUAGAGAUUGCUGAGGAGAAGAAGGCGAUGGCUGAAGCAGUCAGAGAAUUCGAACGUGAAGAAGAGUUAAAACGUACAAGAAAAAUACAGAAGGCCAAAGAAUACAGAGACCAGCUCGCAACUCAAAUUGCCUACCAAGAGUGUCUCCAAAAAGCUGAGGAAGAACAGAGGAAGAAAGAACAUGAAUUAAAUACAGAAACAGAGAGACAGUACCAAGAAAGGGUACAGUUAAUUCUGUCAAUGCCCUACGAGUCCAUAGUAAAGCCCCCCACUACAAAAAAAGCAUUAAUGUCUAACUCAUAA